GGAACUCUCUCGUCUGAAGAGAUAAGAAAGUGAGCGAGUAUUACGUGAUUGCACCGACAGACUGACAGGUGUAGGUAGAUUUAUUUGCAAAGAUGGUUGUGAGAACAUACAAUGAAGAGCUUAAAUACCUUGAGAAAAUUAGCAAUUGUUGCUGGAAAAUAAAGAAAGGAUUUGUGGAAAAUAUGAAUGUAGAGGGCGUAUUCUAUACAAGUGAGUCAUUGGAAAGACUUAUGUUUGAUGAACUAAAGCAGUCAUGUCGCACCCAAGGAUACGGUGGAUUCCUGCCAGGAAUGAAACAGAUCGGAAACGUGGCAGCUCUGCCGGGAAUUGUAGGGAAAUCUAUCGGGCUUCCUGAUGUCCAUUCUGGUUACGGGUUUGCAAUAGGAAACAUGGCUGCCUUUGACAUGAGUAAUCCUGAAUCAGUGGUCUCCCCUGGUGGGGUGGGGUUCGACAUCAACUGUGGAGUCCGCCUCAUUCGCACCAAUCUGUCUGAGAAGGACGUGGCCCCCGUCAAAGAACAACUUGCUCAGUGUAUGUUUGAUCACAUCCCUGUGGGCGUCGGGUCCAAGGGAAUCAUUCCCAUGACUGCACAGAAUUUAGAAGAGGCUUUAGAAAUGGGGAUGGACUGGUCUCUCAGGGAAGGAUAUGCCUGGGCAGAGGAUAAGGAACACUGUGAGGAGUACGGCAGAAUGUUACAGGCGGAUCCCUCUAAAGUCAGCAGCCGGGCCAAGAAACGGGGCCUCCCACAGCUGGGAACUCUGGGAGCUGGUAACCACUAUGCUGAGAUACAGGUAGUGGACGAGAUCUACAAUAAGUUUGCUGCUAAGAAGAUGGGUAUAGAGUCCAAGGGACAAGUGUGUGUAAUGAUUCACUGUGGAAGUCGAGGGCUGGGGCACCAGGUAGCAACAGAUGCAUUGGUUGCUAUGGAAAAGGCAAUGAAGCGUGACAAAAUCAAUGUGAAUGACCGACAGCUCGCCUGUGCUAGAAUUAACUCCCAGGAAGGACAAGACUACCUCAAAGGAAUGGCGGCAGCCGCUAAUUAUGCAUGGGUCAAUCGCUCAAGCAUGACUUUCCUCUGUCGACAGGCCUUUGCUAAGAUGUUUGACAGUACCCCAGAUGACCUUGACAUGUUUAUGAUUUAUGAUGUAUCACACAAUAUUGCGAAAGUGGAGGAACAUUUCGUGGAUGGCAAACAGAAGACUCUGCUGGUCCACAGGAAAGGUUCCACCCGCGCGUUCCCUCCCCACCACCCACUCAUUCCAGUGGACUACCAGCUGACUGGACAGCCUGUUCUGAUUGGAGGAACCAUGGGAACGUGUAGCUAUGUGUUGACUGGUACCCAGCAGGGGAUGGAAGAAACGUACGGCACCACAUGUCACGGAGCUGGACGUGCGUUGUCUCGAGCCAAGUCACGGAGGAAUCUCGACUACACAGAAGUUUUGUCUGCUUUGGAGGAAAAGGGGAUCAGUAUAAGAGUAGCCUCCCCUAAGUUGGUCAUGGAGGAGGCGCCAGAGUCCUACAAGAAUGUCACAGAUGUUGUGGACACAUGUCACAUGGCAGGAAUUAGUCGGAAGGCCAUUAAACUUCGUCCAAUCGCGGUUAUAAAGGGAUAACGAGGAGGCAUUGGAAGGCUGUACCAUACGAAUCUGGAAUAUUGGUGCAAUACGGCGUGAAAUUCGGAAAUGAAACUUUUUUCUCCUUAAUGAUCUUAAUUCCAUUGCUUUAUUUCACAUUGGAGAAAUUUCCAGAUAAGAAUUAUUGUAAUAUUUUUUUAGAAAUAUAUUGUUUUGACACUUGCUUAGAAAAGUUACACGGUUAGAAGCUUUGUUCUAAAUGAAUUCUGUGUUAUACAAGUAAAUAUACCACAUCCAUAGAAUUUCAAAAAUCUAACCUUUAAAACAAGAGCUAGAAACCUUUGUCAAGGAAAACAUACAUGUAUACACUUUUAACAUUUUUGAUUUAUUUUAAACAUCAUGGUAUUUUUCUUGUGAAACAUAUUCCUCUGGGUGGUUGGGUUUUUUUGUUUUUUGGUUGGUUUUUUUGUUUGUUUGUUUUUGUUUUUUGCUCCAAGUGCAUAAGUUGAAGUUCAGACAAUGUUAAUUUAUUUAAAGAUUUGUUUAGUAACUGUGACUUCAGGAUUCUUUCCACCGGUCAUGUGACACCAUGUAAUGAGUAUGUCUAUGUUGAAUCCGUAAUGUUUCCUUACAAAGUCCCUUCCCUUCCCGACUUUCUGAUGUGCCAAAUACCUGAUAUCCAUGUUUGUAAUUAUGUGCUCUACACGGACAGUACAGUGUAGGGUCGUGGGGUCUGGUUGUUUUUGUUUUUUGGUUGAGUGCUAAUUCUUGGCCAAGUUUGGCAAUAAGAUUCAAAUUGUUGAAAUUAUGGUUGUGUAAUUUCCAUAUUUACAACUUUCAGAAUUUGUUAAGUAAGAUGCAUCUAAAUUUACAACUACCUAAAAACUCGCAGUACAGUACAAUAUGUUGGUGUAAUUUGAAUGAAGAUUGCAAUAAGUCAUAUGUAUAAAUAUUUAAUAUUGAAUUUGAUUUAUCUCUCACUAUGCUCAAUGAACCUUUAAAACUGCACUACAGAACAUAAUAUGCUGUUUAUCUUGUUCUUGUGUUCUGAUCAAUAUUUGUAAUUUGAAUCUGAAGAAUCUGGUAUUUAAAGUGUAAAUGAAGGUGUGCGUUAUAUGGUAUGAGUAAGUAACAGUCGCUAUACAGAGUGGUACAAAUUGUGCAACUUUAAAAAGUGACGUAUUUUUAUGAAUGGACUACUAAUGUAGUAUAAUUAGGCAUUAACUGGAAGCAGAUUUCCAUGCUUUCCAUCACAUGUUAAAUGGAUGUAUUGAAUACAUAUUCUUAGACUGUUUCAAACAUGGCUAAACUGUUAAACUGUGAAUUGCAAAUACAGAUCUGAAAAUACAUGUAUAUUUCCUGCAACGUACAUCAAUUUCGAAACUUUUAAGUCAAAGGAUUGUGACGUAUUUAAUGAGGACAGUAUUCACAUGCACAUAUUUCUUGAUGUGUAUGUACAUGUACAAAUUCCUUCAUUUUGGCAUUUGUUUUACAUGUAUUUGUAAGGUUUAUAUAUGGUAAGAGUAUUAGAAAUAAACGAGAUAAGGUGUAGAAUUA